UACACAUCUGUGAGCUCUCUGCAUCUGUCACCUGCAGUUCCAAAUCGACACUGGCAUAUCUAGUGAUGUGAACUUCGUGGUGGGAAGCUAAGUUUUUAAACUACCCCAAUGGAUGCAGACAGUGAUGUUGCAUUGGACAUUUUAAUUACAAACGUAGUCUGUGUUUUUAGAACAAGAUGUCAUUUGAACUUAAGGAAGAUUGCUUUGGAGGGAGCGAAUGUUAUUUAUAAGCGUGAUGUUGGAAAAGUAUUAAUGAAGCUUAGAAAACCUAGAAUUACAGCUACGAUUUGGUCCUCAGGAAAAAUUAUUUGCACUGGAGCAACAAGUGAAGAAGAAGCUAAAUUUGGUGCCCGACGUUUAGCCCGUAGUCUGCAGAAACUAGGUUUUCAGGUAAUAUUUACAGAUUUUAAGGUUGUUAACGUUUUGGCAGUUUGUAAUAUGCCCUUUGAAAUCCGUUUGCCAGAAUUCACGAAGAACAAUAGACCUCAUGCCAGUUAUGAACCUGAACUUCAUCCUGCUGUGUGCUAUCGGAUAAAAUCCCUAAGAGCUACAUUACAGAUUUUUUCAACAGGAAGUAUCACAGUGACAGGGCCCAAUGUAAAGGCCGUGGCUACUGCUGUGGAACAGAUUUACCCAUUUGUGUUUGAAAAAUUUUUCUCGCAAAUUAGAAAUAAAGACAUGUAUAUACGCUCUAGGGAACAGGAAUAG